CGCGCUCUUUCGAGGCUGAAAUAAAUACUGAAGAAAAAAAAUCAAGAGAGAUGGAAUAUCACAAAUCAUUGAAUAAUUUUGGCGUAUUUUGGACGCAGGUGAUUCUGUGAUUUUGAGUCUCUAUUUCGAACAUAUUGUAUAUCCUACUAUAAACUCCACGGGCAAGAGGAGGUAACACGAAACAACCAUUGGAUUAGUAGUGUCGUUUUGAUACCCCUUGGAACGAAAAUAUCAUGUCGAAUAAGAAGAACGAGGAUCAGAAUAUGAACAGAAGAGACGAGAAAUUCAGACCUGCUCCCCAGUACCGGACUCGCAGCGAUAGCGGCAGCAUGGGGGUGAUCUUAUCACGGCUUGAGAACAGUCCUGGUGCGGCUGUUCUCGCCUACUGCUUCUCUUCGAUUAGUAUGACAGUUGUGAACAAGUAUGUCGUUUCGGGCUCGUCCUGGAAUUUGAACUUCCUUUAUCUAGCUAUCCAGGUAUAUUCAUUAUUCUCAUUUGUACUCCAGAAAUUUUCUAUCAAUGUUCUACGCUAACAUAUAUUGACUAGUCCGUGCUCUGCACCGCUGCGAUUUUAGUUUUAAAGCAAGCGGGAUUUGUCCCUAACCUCGUUGCUUUAGAAAGUACUAAGGUCAAGAAAUGUACAUAUCCAUGUUACGGCUAAUUGAAUCAUCAUGUGGAUUCUUAUCAUGCUAAUAUUCUAAACCAGGGCUCCCAGUGUCUGUGUUCUUCGUGAGCAUGAUCUAUACCAGCAUCAAGGCUCUUCAAUUUCUAUCUGUUCCGGUGUAUACCAUCUUCAAGAAUUUGACGAUCGUUGUCAUUGCGUAUGGCGAGGUCUUGUGGUUUGGGGGAAACGUCACUCCACUGAUUAUGCUGUCCUUCGGUUGUAUGGUGCUCAGCUCCAUCGUAGCUGCGUGGGCUGAUAUUCAGGCUGCUGUCAAUGGUUUUGGGCAUUCAGGAGAGACUGCUGCUGCUAUAUCUACCUUGAAUGCCGGAUAUGCCUGGAUGGGUCUUAAUGUUGUCUGCACAGCUUUAUACGUCUUGGGCACGCGCAAGUUUAUCACCUCACUGAACUUCAAAGACUGGGAUACUAUGCUUUAUAAUAACUUAAUAUCCCUGCCCAUUAUGGUUAUCUGUUCUCUGGUCACCGAAGACUGGUCUUCGGCUAACCUGGCCAAGAACUUCCCUGCUGAAUCGCGCAACAAUAUUCUCAUUGGCAUGUUAUACUCAGGCUUAGGGGCCAUCUUCAUCUCUUACUCAUCUGCCUGGUGCAUUCGCAAGACUUCGUCAACAACCUAUUCAUUCGUUGGGUAUUUGAACAAGCUCCCACUUGCCAUCAGCGGACUCGUAUUUUUCGAUACUCCCGUCACGUUCGGUGGUGUCUCUGCCAUUCUUCUGGGAUUCUUUAGCGGUCUCAUCUACGGCUACGGCAAGAUGAAGCAGAAGGAGAUGACGAGCCAGGUCCUCCCCACCACCCGUCCGCCCAUGAGUGCCAGCUCUCAGAGCCAGAAGGAUGCGUCUAACUGA